AUGGAAUUAUUAAAUAAUGAGGAACGAGAACUGCUGGCCAAAUACAAUAGAUAUUUGACAAAGGACAAAACCUAAGAACCACUAAAAUACUCAGACAUCUUUUUAGGGAAACAUGAUUUAAAGGACAUGCCUUAACAGACCAAAGAAAAAUAAAUUCAAAAUUCAAAAUUACAAAUCAAAUCUUCCUCCUCUAAUAACCGUGAUUAAUUUAAAAGUAUAAUUAAUGAAUUGAACAACGUUCAAAAUAGAUAAUUGGGAAAUAUUUUUAAGAGCCAGUUCUAGAGCAACAAAUUAAUUUAUUCUGAAAAAUAAGUUAUCAAUGAAAAUCCACGGCAAAUAACAAAUAAGAAUUUAGAGAGACCAGAAAAAUAAACAAAAUAAUAGAAAUCGUUGCCGAAAGAGCAAAUACAAAAGAAACAAGACAAGAAACCAAAAAAAAAUGCCAGAGUAUCGAGUUCAUAGUCUACUAUUGAAAUUUAAUAGCAAUUUAAUGAGAAAUUAUUAUAAUAACUCAAUAAAUUGAUCUAACUGAAGAAAAUAGAUAACAAAUUUUUUUUCAAUUUAAUCUCUAAACAUGUUAAUGAAUGCCCUUCCUUUGGUAAAAGAAUAAAGGAAGAAAUAAAGGAAAUCUUAAAUUAGUUAUUAUGAUUGAAUGAAUUAUUCUGUGUUUGAAUUCUAUGACUUAUAAUCUUAAAAUAA